ACAGUAUUGAAAACAAAACAUACAGAGAAUCUGCAGCUAGAAAAGGAUGGUGUUAUUGUAAUGUAGGCUAGCCAUUCCUAGGCCUAUAAUUGUCGAAGAUAUGUGAGCAUUUCAGGUUCAAAAGAUACAUUUGUAUAUUGAAAUUGAAGUAGUUAUUAUAUCUGCAACCAUCAUGAGUUCAGCUGUGGCCAGCGGGAAUCUUAGGCUUAGGCAUUCAUUGCAACGCGCCUCGUCGUUAAUCCACCCUGAAGUGCGCAAUCCAUUCGUUCAUCAACUGAAUUUAACUACGUUUGACAAGAUGAGGAUUGCUAUAAUGUCUGUAACAAUAGCGCCCGUCCGCCUAAUACUUGUCAUGCUAAUUCUUCUAUUGGAUUGUGUAAUUGCCAAAAUUGCUCUGGGAGGGCUUACAGAGCAACAGCUAGCCACUAAACCAAUGAAGGGAUGGAGAAGAAUGUUGCUGUACCCCCUCUGGUUGCUUGGACGCUUCCAGUUCUUUCUUAUGGGCUUUCACUAUAUUUCAGUGAAGGGUAAAAAAGCAACUUGUGAAGAAGUUCCUAUUUUCAUUAUCGCACCUCACACCACCUUCUUUGAUGCUAUUAUUGUUUUCGUGUUGGGGCUUGAGUCUUCUAGCGUUGUGUCCCGAGAAGAGAAUGGGAAAGCACCUUUAUUUGGAAUAUUAGUACGUGCUUUGCAGCCAGUUUUUGUGUCAAGGACAGACCCUCAUUCCCGCCAGAAUACUGUCCGUGAGAUUAUAAGGCGUUCUCAGCCUGGUAGUGAAUGGCCGCAGAUUCUAAUUUUCCCAGAAGGCACCUGUGCGAAUAGAACCUGUUUAAUUUCCUUUAAGCCAGGAGCAUUUUACCCAGGCUUACCAGUACAGCCUGUUGCUUUGCAUUAUAAAACUAAACCUGACACAGUGAUAUGGACUUGGGAAGGUCCAAAUGCAUUAACAUGUUUGUGGUUAACAUUCUGCAAUUGGAAUAACGAGUUGGAAGUUGAGUUUCUACCAGUUUACAAACCAAAUGACGAAGAGAAGAAGGAUGCUAAGUUAUUUGCUCGAAAUGUACGGGAUGUCAUUGCAAAGGCUAUGGAUAUACCUGUUACAGACCAUACAUUUGAAGAUUGUCGCCUUAUGAUGGAAGCAAGCAAAAUUGGGCUGCCCAUGGAAGCAGGCAUUGUAGAAUUUCACAAGAUAAUGGUUAAACUUGGUUUGAAGUUGAGUGAUGUUCAAGAACAGCUUCCUAAGUAUGCUGAGAUUGCCAAGUCAAAAGGUUACAUCAGUAUUGAAGAUUUUGCUGAAUAUCUCAAACUACCGAUAUCACCGGCUUUAGAAGAAGUGUUUGCAAUGUAUGAUAGGGAUGGCUCAGGGAAUAUAGACUUCAGGGAAUAUGUGAUUGGCUGUUCUUUGGUAGCGAAACCAGCCUCAAAUGAGAAGACUCUCACAUUAGCCUUUAAGCUUUUUGGAGGUGAGAAAGGAUACAUAACAAAAGAGGAGCUUGUUCAGAUUCUGGAAAGUUCCUUCACAAUGGCUGACAAUGAAGCAGAGGAACUGUUUAAUCAAGUGGAUGAGGCAAAAAGUGGGGAAAUUACUUUUGACCAAUUCAAGGCAUUUGCAGACAAAAAACCAGAAUAUGCCACACUUUUUAAAACGUUCCAAGAAUUAAGCGAAGCUGAAAGCUACCAAGAGCAGGGCAACUUAAAUUUUGACAAAGACAAGAAUGAUUAGUUUGAUGCCAACAGCAGGAGUUUCUCUUGUAAUUUAUCUUUUUUAAAUACUUAAUUAAUACAGCAAUAAUCAGGAACACUACCAUUAAUUAUUUAUAUUUUGCAAAAUUUUUAAUUUAGUUGUGUGAUAAAAACAGGGUAUUAAACAGCAUAGUGUCAGUGGGCCAAAAGAGCAAACAAUAUCCAUUUAAAAUGUUACAGGUGCUGUACAGAAUGGAAAAAAAAGAAAUUACAAGAAAUAAGUACUCCAUGUAUAAUAUCAAUUAAAAGCAUCACAAUUCAAUAUAACAAAUCAAAACCUACAGUGAAUAAAUGACAACAUACUAAGAUUUAAAUUUUAAUGUUUAUGUGUCUAUCAAUAAAUAAAUAAAUGUUUUAGUAGGAAAUGCCCAUGUUUAUGUAAAAGAUGUAUUUAAGAUAGUUGAUGUGUUUUACAGCAUUUUAAGCUCAUAGCAUUAUUUUCUGUGUGGAAAUAGUAUAUAAAAAUUAUUUAUUUUAGUUGUUAAGUGGUUAAAUAUUUUUAGAGCACACAUUGUGCUUAGCUUUCAAGGAUAUGGUGUACAUAGUUUGGAAAUAAUAUUUAAAUUACAAAACCCCUAAAGGGUAAUCAUGAUAUUUUAUUGGGUCUCUAUUGGAAUAAAAAUAUGAACAUUUAACUGAAAUGCUCUAAUUUUAUCAUACCAAGUAAUUUGAACUUACCUUUACUAACAAUUUUUUAUGUUCUUUACACAAGAUCAUAUUGGAAGUGACGGGAAAUCAAAAUGUACAACAAUGAUUGUAUGCGUGACUCAGAAUGUGCAGGGGCGGAUCCAGAGAUUUUUACCUCCCAAAAGGGGUGGGAGGAGAGAGCCGGGGCCGGGCCACCCCCCCCCCCAAAUUCGCCCCUGUUGUGGGCGCUCUGCCUUUGUUCUUAGUUUGUUUCCUUCUCUAUGUCUGUUCCAUGUGGACUCUUUUAUUUGGAUGAUGUUUUCAUCAACUGCUCGAUCGAUGAUCUAAGAAUGAGCCCAGUCAAUGACGUGCUGGAUGGUGUGGUCAAAUAUACUGUAUAUUGAAGUCUCUGGCAUUCUAGUUCACAUGCGAUAUUAGUUGUAUCAAAAUCAUGACGUCAGACAUGUUAAAAGAAUGAAAGGAAAUCAAAUUCUACCUGGUGCUUGAAUCAGCACAAGGCCUUCCUUGUCAACAUUGUUGUGACGAUCGCCAUGUGGAGUUCUUUCUGCCUUUGUUCGAUUCCUCUUUUUCUUUUCAAUGUAUUAUAUUCAUUGCACUAUUCCACUUGCUUUUUCUGGAU